AUGGAGGCUCCAAACAACGACCCUCCUCCACUGCCCACUUCCUCCCUUCCAGAAGGAUACUAUGAGGAGGCUGUACCUUUAAGUCCAGGAAAGGCUCCAGAGUACAUCACCUCCAAUUAUGACUCCGAUGCCAACAGCACAUCAUAUGAGUCCUAUGAUGAUGAUGAUGAUGAUGGGAAGGGCCAGAAAAUGCACAUUCAGUGGCCGUCUGAAGAGGCGUCCAUGGAUCUGGUCAAAGAUGCUCGGAUUUGUGCUUUCUUGCUCCGCAAGAAACGCUUUGGCCAGUGGACUAAACUUUUGUGUGUCAUCAAAGACAACAAACUGCUGUGUUACAAAUCUUCGAAGGACCAGACCCCCCAAAUGGAGCUCACCCUGUCAGGAUGCAGCAUCACCCACAUCCCCAAAGAUGGCAAGAAGAAGAAGCAUGAACUAAAGAUUGUCCACCAGGGGGCAGAUGCCUUGGUGCUGGCAGUGCAGAGCAAAGAACAAGCUGAAGAGUGGCUGAAG